AUGUGGAAGAGCGUCAUUCGCUUUGAUAACCGAGCUGCUAAUUUCCAGGGGAGGCGACCCGUUCUGCUGCUCCAUGGACACUGCGGUUCCGUGUCUCCAUCCAUAACGUGCGUAGUCAGCCGUUCGUUUAGCAGGGACGCACAUGUUCGGUCUGGUGUACCGUCGGGAUCGGAUUCUGUGAAUAGCUGCGGUCCCAAUGAUGGAGAGAAGAUCAGCGAAGCAGCUGAGACUCGGUGUCCUGUUACACAGGACCGGAAGGACGCCGCGAAUGUGGAGCAUGGUCAACUCAAACGUACUACAUGGUCAGUGUCAAGCUGCGGAGUGAUUCAAUUUCCUCGAUUGUCUCCUGAGGCAACACAUACAGGACGCCUACUAGAUGGUGCAACUGAUAUUGGUAAGGAGGGAUUCGAGAAGUCGGUCUUUGCGAUCCACCCCCGAUUAGUUCAUCCAGUAGGCACGUAUGCGUGCUGCGAUGGCAGCGGUGUACUGGAUCGGGGGGAUGUCUCCUCCGGUGAACAGCGGGCUCGCCCCCGCAGCGGCGCUACCCCAAUCGUGAACCAUUUUGGUUCUUUGCAGGGAUUUCCAAUAUCAUUCGGGAUGGAUUGUAACGGUUGCAUGUCCGGGUUCUUUCCAUCGCGGCGAUCCUUUGCAUUCUGGAAUCGCAGCGGCAACAAGGAUAAGGACACCCCAGGGACUCCGGCAUCGAGAGGUUCAGCUGUGACCAGCUGGACAAAGGGGCGGUCUUUAACGCGUGGGUUGAUGAGUUUGUCGUACCAUCUUGUGCGCUGGGCAGUAGUGCUGCCAUUUCGUUUGGGGAAAUGGACGAUCCAUCUGGUGUCGCUCACCUUCAAGGCCGUUGGCCAUUUGAUGAGUUUGUGUGCUCGUGCUGCAGUUGUGGCCCGUGUCGGCGGCGUGUCCGGUAUAUUUAAGAGCAUCAUGGGCGGUAUAAAGCACACUGUGCAUUGGUGCAAAACCGGCUUCCGUCUGUACUUUGCUAAUGUAAAGGUUUCGUACUACAUCCUGCUCAAGAGACUCAAAGGGCACCCUAUGCGCUACAACGAGCGUAAACUGCUGAUGAACACGCUGAAUGAUGCUUUGAAGCUCGUUCCUUUCUCCUUCUUCCUCAUAGUGCCAUUUGCGGAGCUCCUGUUGCCCGUGGCAAUCAGGUUGUUCCCGCAAAUGCUCCCCUCCACGUUCAGGACCGACAACUCGAAGAGUGAUGACUAUCUGCAGAAGAAGCUUCUGGCUAAGAAGGAGCUUGCGCAGUUUUUCCAGGAGCUGGUGCAGGAACGCACAAACCAGCUCCUGCAGGACGAGCUUGACUCCUCCCUCAAGACGAAAAUGGAGGCCCUCAAGGAUUUCCAAGAACGCAUCCUCAACAAGAAGGACCGUGACAUCAAUCCAUUUUUGAGUUCCAAUGAGCUUCUGGUCUUCGCGAAGAUUUUCAAAAAGGAGUUCAAGUUGGACCAGAUGAACUUGGAAACGUUGAAGGUGAUGUGCAAAUUGCUCGGCAUCACCCCCUUCAGCGUGCGCUCCCACGUGGUGUUACAACUCCGUCAUCACCUGCUCAAAAUUCAGCGUGAGGACAGGUUGAUCAUGUGGGAAGGCGUGGAGAGUCUCUCCACCGAGGAGCUGCAAGAGGCGUGUCGCGAUCGCGCCAUGAAGUUUUACAACAUAUCCAGGGAGCAGUUGCAGCAGCAGCUGAAACAGUGGCUUGAUCUCUCCAGCAUGCGCCAGAUUUCGCCCAUACUGCUGCUGUGGAGCCGCUGCAUCACGAUGACCCACGAGCCCAUGGCUAUCAAGGCAGACGACGAAGGAACUGCCGAAGAUAAGCUCGCGAUUCCCGAGACAGCAGCCGUUGAGGUGGCUGAUUCCAGCGAUUCGGCGGUGGAAGCCACGAAGCCGACGAAGGUGGGCGAGAAGUUUGCUGAGGAGGUGACUACCGCCCAAAAAGCAUCCUCUACGCGCAUCAUGAAGGCCGUCACCGCUGCUGCCGAGGUGGACGCGCAAAAGCUCGUCAGCAAGGAGGAGCGGUUGGAGGAACUUUCGCUCAAGGCCAAAGAGCUGAAAGAUAUCAUUGAUGGUAACGUGAAGCCAUGUGAAGGCGAGGAGCUGGUAGACGGGGCCACGUCGCUGGACGAUCCCACGCCAGGAGAGUUGCUGGAAGUGCACAGUUCUGAAGAUAUGUUAAUGCAUUUACACGAGGAUCACGUGAUUCGGCAUGCUGAGGAAAUCAAGCAUUUGAACGCGCUCGGCAAGAAAGAGAUCCUAGUUCGACACGAGGAGCUGCUUUCCGCACUCCACAUCCAGAGGCAGAUCACCGACCUCCAGCACAACCAGCUGGCUGAGAUGUAUAUGUUCCUGCUGAAGGUAUCAGAGGAUUUGAAUGCAGGUGUCGAGUGUAACAUCAAGGACGCUGUCAACGACCUGGUCGUAGCGGCUCGGCAAGAGUUGGAAAAGAUCGAGGAGUUGACGUGCCAGUUCGACAAGCACAACUUGACGUACGAACCACAAGCGUCCACUCCCACCCCAGUGUCAUCGACGACAUGA